GCCGCUCCCGCAUCGUGCUGGCGCUCGGGGCCACGCAGAUGGCGCUCGGAUGCCUCAUCGUGGCCGUCAGCUUCGCCGCGCUGGCGCUCACCACCUCGGCCCGCGUCCGCCACUCCUGCCCCUUCUGGGCCGGCUUCUCGUUAUUUCCCACGGAGUUCUUGUCAGCUGUUCACAAAGGGACACUCACUACCUGUUUGGAUGCUGAUUUUUGACCCAGACUCAGAGAAAGACAAAGGAACACAGCAUCUGCUCUUCACCUGCCAAUUUAUCAGCUUCAGCAUCGGUGUCCCCCAUGUCUUCUCUCCAUGCCCUCCAUUGCCUUUUGGUGCCAAAAGAAAGGGGUGAGGCUGAGUGUGCACUCUUUUUUUUCUUGACGGGAAAUAACACCUAAGAAGUGGAUUAAUGGAGGCUUAGGUAUGUCGUAACUGGUGGUAAAUAGCUUCUUCCAAGAUGGACUUUCUCUUUGAAAAAAUACAUAGUCCAUGAUACUUUUUAUUUUUUGUUGCUAUAUAAUCAACAACAGCAGCAAUAACAACAAACAAAAGAAAACAAAGAGCCGGGAACCCCCUUGAGCAAGGCACUGCCCAGGGACUUCAAGAGUUCUACCAGCGGCAGUUAAGCGUAAUCCCCGGGGCACCUCUCAGGACAGAGGGGAUGAUGGAAGGGAAGUUCCCACCCAACAGGAAGCAGGACAGAAGGAGAAGCAGAAAGCCUGCUGCGGCUGGAAGGAAGAGCUUGCAGGAGUCGGGAGUCCCCAAGGAGAAGCUUCUUGAGUCGCUGAGAAGGGGCCUAACGUGAAAACAGCCCACUCCACAUGGUAGAAGCCAGAUGGAUGAGAAGAGGCUGACUCUCUAAAGAACCUGACAGAUUCCAGAGAAAAGAGAAUCCUUGGGUGCAUAUUCCUGUAACGUUUAUAAAACAGUGGAGCUCACCAUUUAUGUAUAAAACUUCAGUGGUACGGAGACAGACAGUGGCUUAAAUUGCUGAGUUCAUCAGUCAGGUGCUGCUCUCGGGGCUCAUCGGUGUGGUCUCCUGGAAGAGGCCUCUCUCCCUUGUGAAGGAAAGAUGGCGGAGGAGUAGGGGACCCUAUUUCAACUGGUCCCCGGAAUUGAGCUGAGUAUCUACCAGACCACUCUGAGCACCCACGACCAGCCUGAGAUGUAAGAAGAUCUGGAUCUCUACAAACAGAGUAUCGCAGGCGGUUGGUUUCGAGGUUCGAAGCAGGGAGCCGUGAUUCCACGGGCAGAUAUCGGAGGAUAAACGGCAGUGGGAGGGUGCCUGGCCGUGGGGAUCCUACACCGCCGGUGAGCAACAGCCUCGUGCGCUGGGGACGGGGCACAGACUCUCAGACCAUAGCAGCAGGGAAAGGUCUUUAGGGCAGCCCCCGGGGCGGAAACCUGGAGCGGCGGGGUCGCCCAUGAGAUCUGGGGGCGGCUGGCGGUUUAAGAAGCACAAAGGGCAGAGACAGGCCUGACCUGGAGGCAGGACUGGGAGCGCCGUGGAGGGGCGCACAACCCAGGCCGCUGCAGUUUAUAGCAGCACAGACAGAAACGGAGAUGGUGUGGCCUGGAGAGCUCACUGAAGAACAGACUGAGGUCUCUCUGCUCUGAGGCAGAGGGUUGGAAACGGUCUCUUCUGCUCUGACUUGCAGAAGAGACACGGAAAGCCACCAGAGAACAAAAGCCCCCAAAACGGAUUCCCGCUGAGCCCAUCCCCCGCCACAGGGGGCAGGGCAACUCCGCCCGAACAGGGUUGCCUGAGUAACAGCGUGGCAGGCCCCUCCCACAGAAGACAAGAGGCCAGCAACCCUAAGGUCCCAAGAAAACAGGUGCAUCUUGCUUGGGUUCUGGUCAAUAAUUUGGACUCUAUACAUUCCCUCAAACACCCAUCAACAGAAUGACUAGGAGGAGAAGCCCCCAAAAUAGAAAAGACUCAGAGAUUAUGACUUAUGCUGUAGAUUUACAAAUGGAUGCAGAUGUAACCAAGAUGUCGGAGAUGGAAUUCAGACUAGCAAUUGUGAAGACAAUGGCUAGAAUGGAGAAAUCAAUUAAUGACAACAUGGAGUCUCUAAGGGCAGAAAUGAAAGGUGAAUUGGCAGAACUUAAAAAUGCUAUCCAUGAGAUCCAAUCCAAUCAAGAUAAUCUAACAGCUAGGGUAAGUGAGGCAGAAGAAGGAAUAAGCGACCUGGAAGACAAUAUAAUAGAUAAAAAGGGAAAAGAGGAGGCCAGGGAAAAACAACUCAGAAUCCAUGAAAAUAGAAUCAGAGAAAUAAGUGACACCAUGAAGCGUUCCAAUGUCAGAAUAAUUGGAAUCCCGGAGGGAGUGGAGAGAGAGAGGACUAGAAGAUGUAUUUGAGCAAAUCGUAGCUGAGAACUUCCCUAAUCUGGGGAAUGAAACAAAUAUUCGCGUCCUGGAGGCAGAGAGGACCCCUCCCAAGAUCAAGGAAAACAGGCCAACACCCUGGCAUGUAAUAGUAAAACUUGCAAAUCUUAGAACCAAGGAAACCAUCUUAAGGGCAGUUAGAGGGAAGAGAUUCCUUACGUACAAAGGGAGGAAUAUGAGAAGAACGUCAGACCUAUCCACAGAGACCUGGCAAGCCAGAAAGGCCUGGCAAGACAUAUUCAGGGUACUGAAUGAGAAGAACAUGCACACAAGAAUACUUUAUCUGGCAAGGCUGUCAUUUAGAUGGAUGGAGAGAUGCAGAGCUUCCAUGACUGGCAGAAACUGAAAGAAUAUGUGACCACUAGGCUGGCCUUGCAAGAAAUAUUAAGGGGGGUUCUAUAAAAGCAGAAAGACCCCAAGAAUGAUCUACAACAGAAAUUUACAGGGACAAUCUAUAAAAACAAUGUCUUCACAGGCAAAAUGAUGACAGUUAAUUCAUAUCUUUCAAUAAUCACUCUUAACAUGAAUGGCCUAACCGCUCCCAUAAAACGGCACAGUGUUGCAGAUUGGAUAAAAAGACAGGACCCAUCCAUAUGCUGUCUUCAAGAGACUCAUUUUGAACCUAAAGAUACAUCCAGACUGAAAGUGAAGGGAUGGAGAUCCAUCUUCCAUGCCAGCGGACCUUCAAAAGAAAGCUGGGGUAGCAAUUCUUAUAUCAGACAAAUUAGAUUUUAAACUAAAGUCUGUGAUUAGAGACACAGAAGGACACUAUAUCAUUCUUAAAAGGUCUAUCCAACAAGAAGAUCUAACAAUUGUAAAUAUCUAUGCCCCCAACAUGGGAGCAGCCAUCUACAUAAGCCAACUGUUAACCAAACUAAAGAGUCAUAUUGAUAACAAUACGUUAAUUGUAGGAGACCUCAAUAGUCCACUCUCAGCAAUGGACAGAUCAUCUAAGCAGAAAAUCAACAAGGAAACAAGAGCUUUGAAUGAUACAUUGGACCAGAUGGACCUCAUAGAUAUUUACAGAACAUUCCACCCUAAAACAACAGAAUAGUCCUUCUUCUCAAGCGCGCAUGGAACUUUCUUCAGAAUAGACCACAUACUAGGUCACAGAUCAGGUCUCAACCGAUACCAAAAGAUUGAGAUUAUUCCCUGCAUAUUCUCAGACCACAAUGCUUUAAAACUGGAACUCAAUCACAAGAAAAAAUUUGGCAGAAAUUCAGACACUUGGAAGCUAAAGACCACUCUGCUCAAGAAUGUUUGGGUCAUGGGGGACCUGGGUGGCUCAGUCGUUAAGCGUCUGCCUUCGGCUCAGGUCAUGAUCCCAGGGUCCUGGGAUCAAGCCCCACAUCGGACUCCCUGCUCCGCGGGAAGCCUGCUUCUCCCUCUCCCACUCUCCCUGCUUGUGUUCCCUCUCUCGCGGUGUCUCUCUCUGUCAAAUAAAUAAAUGAAAUCUUUAAAAAAAAAAAAAGAAUGUUUGGGUCAACCAGGAAAUCAAAGAAGAACUUAAACAAUUCAUGGAAAUCAAUGAGAAUGAAAACACAUCGGUCCAAAACCUAUGGGAUACUGCAGAGGCGGUCCUAAGGGGGAAAUACGUAGCCAUCCAAGCCUCACUCAAAAAAAUAGAAAAAUCCCAAAUUCACCAACUAACUCUACACCUUAAAGAACUAGAGAAAAAGCAACAAACGAUGCCUAAGCCACGCAUUAGAAGAGAAAUAAUUAAAAUUAGAGCAGAAAUCAAUGAAUUAGAAACCAGAAACACAGUAGAUCAGAUCAACAAAACUAGAAGUUGGUUCUUUGAAAGAAUUAAUAAGAUUGAUACACCACUGGCCAGCCUUAUCCAAAAGAAAAGAGAAAGGACCCAAAUUAAUAAAAUUAUGAAUGAAAGGGGAGAGAUCACGACUAACACCAAGGAAAUAGAAACAAUUAUUAGAAAUUAUUAUCAACAACUCUAUGCCAAUAAACUGAGCAAUCUGGAUGAAAUGGAGGCCUUCCUGGAAACCUAUAAGCUGCCAAGACUGAAACAGGAAGAAAUUGACAACAUGAAUAGGCCAGUAACCAGUAACGAGAUUGAAGUAGUGAUCAAAACCCUCCGAAGAAACAAGAGUCCAGGGCCUGAUGGAUUCCCUGGGGAAUUCUCCAAACAUUAAAAGAAGAAAUAAUACCUAUUCUACUGAAGCUGUUUCAAGAAAUAGAAACAGAAGGAAAACUUCCAAACUCAUUCUAUGAAGCCAGCAUUACCUUAAUCCCCCAAGCAGGCAAAGACCCCAUCAAAAAGGAGAAUUUCAGACCGAUAUCCCUGAUGAAUAUGGAUUCCAAAAUCCUCAACAAAAUCCUAGCUAAUAGGAUCCAACAAUACAUUAAAAGGAUCAUCCACCACGACCAAGUGGGAUUUAUCCCCGGGAUGCAAGGGUGGUUCAACACUCACAAAUCAAUCACUGUGAUAGAACACAUUAAUAGGAGGACAGAGAAGAACCACAUGGUCCUCUCAAUUGAUGCAGAAAAAGCAUUCGACAAAAUACAACAUCUUUUCCUGAUUAAAACUCUUCAGAGUAUAGGGAUAGAGGGAACAAUACUCAGGCUCAUAAAAUCCACCUAUGAAAAACCCACAGCGAAUAUCAUCCUCAAUGGGGAAAAGCUUGAGAGCCUUUCCCUUAAGAUCAGGAACACGUCAAGGAUGCCCACUCUCGCCACUAUUCAACAUAGUACUAGAAGUCCUAGCAAUAGCAAUCAGACAACAAAAAGAAAUAAAAGGUAUUCAGAUUGGCAAAGAAGAAGUCAAACUCUCUCUUUUCACAGACGACAUGAUACUUUAUGUGGAAAACCCAGAAGACUCCACCCCCAAGUUAGUAGAACUCAUCCAGCAAUUCAAUAAUGUGGCAGGAUACAAAAUCAAUGCACAGAAAUCAGUUGCUUUCUUAUACACUAACAACGCAACUGUAGAAAGAGAAAUUAGAGAAACGAUUCCAUUUACAAUAGCACCAAAAACCAUAAGAUACCUCAGAAUAAACCUAACCAAAGAGGUAAAGGAUCUAUACUCUAGGAACUACAAAACAGUAAUGAAAGAAAUUGAAGAAGACACAAAAAGAUGGAAAAAUAUUCCAUGCUCAUGGAUUGGAAGAAUAAACAUUGUUAAAAUGUCUAUGCUAGCCAGAGCAAUCUAUACCUUCAAUGCCAUCCCGAUCAAAAUUCCAAUGACAUUUUUCAAAGUGCUAGAACAAACAAUCCUAAAAUUUGUAUGGAAUCAGAAAAGACCCCGAAUCACCAAGGAGAUGUUGAAAAAGAAAAACAAAGCUGGGGGCAUCACGUUGCCCGAUUUCAAGCUAUAUUACAAAGCUGUGAUCACCAAGACAGCAUGGUACUGGCACAAAAACAGACAUAUAGACCAAUGGAACAGAAUAGAGAACCCAGAUAUGAACCCUCAACUCUAUGGUCAAAUAAUCUUUGACAAAGCAGGAAAAAACAUGCAAUGGGAAAAAGACAGUCUCUUCAAUAAAUGGUGCUGGGAAAAUUGGACAGCCACAUGCAGAAGAAUGAAACUCGACCAUUCUCUAAUACCAUUCACAAAGAUAAACUCAAAGUGGAUGAAAGACCUCAAUGUGAGACAGGAAUCCAUCAAAAUCCUAGAGGAGAACAUAGGCAGUAACCUCUUUGACAUCGGCCACAGCAACUUCUUUCAAGAUACAUCUCCAAAACUUAGUGAAACAAAAGCAAAAAUGAACUUUUGGGACUUCAUCAAGAUAAAAAGCUUCUGCACAGCAAAGGAAACAGUCAACAAAGCAGAGAUGGAACCCACAGAAUGGGAGAAGAUAUUUGCAAAUGACACUACAGAUAAAGGGCUGGUAUCCAAGAUCUAUGAAGAACUUCUCAAACUCAACACCCCAAAAACAAAUAAUCAAGUCAAAAAGUGGGCAGAAGAUAUGAAAAGACAUUUCUCUGAAGAAGACAUACAAAUGGCUAACAGACACAUGAAAAAAUGUUCAUCAUCAUUAGCCAUCAGGGAAAUCCAAAUCAAAACCACAUUGAGAUACCACCUUACACCAGUUAGAAUGGCAAAAAUGGACUGGGAAAGAAACAGGAAAUGUUGGAGAGGUUGUGGAGAAAGGGGAACCCUCUUACACUGUUGGUGGGAAUGCAAGUUGGUACAGCCACUUUGGAAAACAGUGUGGAAGUUCCUCAAAAAUUUAAAAAUAGAGCUACUCUAUGACCCAGCAAUUGCACUCCUGGGUAUUUACCCCAAAGACACAGAUGUAGUGAAAAGAGGGCCAUAUGCACCCCAAUGUUCAUAGCAGCAAUGUCUGCAAUAGCCAAACUGUGGAAAGAGCCGAGAUGCCUUUCAACAGAUGAAUGGAUAAAGAAGAUGUGGUCCGUAUAUACAAUGGAAUAUUACUCAGCCAUCAGAAAGGAUUAAUACCCAACUUUUACAUCAACAUGGAUGGGACUGGAGGAGAUUAUGCUAAGUGAAACAAGUCAAACAGAGAAAGUCGAUUAUCAUAUGGUUUCACUUAUUUGUGGAACAUAAGGAAUAGCAUGGAGAACAUUAGGAGAAGAAAGGGAAAAAUGAGGGGGAGGGAAUUGGAGGGAGAGAUGGACCAUGAGAGACUAUGGACUCUGAAAAACAAACAGGGUUUUAGAGGGGGCGGGGGAGGGGGGAUUGGUUAGCCUGGUGAUGGGUAUUAAGGAGGGCACAUACUGCAUGGAGCACUGGGUGUUAUACGAAAACAAUGGAUCGUGGAUCACCACAUCAAAAACCAAUGAUGUAUUGUAUGGUGACUAACAUAACAUAAUAAAAUUAAAAAAAAAAAAGAAAAUCUCUUUAUCGACUUGAAAAUUUCCUAUAAACGGUUGCAAAAUUGGUGUGUUCCCUGUGAUGUCUCUUUUCCUUUGCAGUUUUGUUAUAACCAGGAUGGCUUGGGUCUGCAGGGCUGCACUCUUUUGCAACAUAAAUUUAUUAGGUGGGCUUGUGAAAAUGUACUCUUCGUUCAGACCUAGGGUGAUGGUUUUAGACUGAGGUUCCCACCCUUCCUGAUAAUAGCUUCCAAAAUGUCACUCUGUCAUCACUGGGGCUCCUUGUGGCCCAACCUUGGGGUGGCUCCUGUAGCAACCUUGAAUGAAGACUAUGGCAUUAGAUCAUAAUCAUGAGUCUCCUUAAAGUGGCCGUCCCUGGGGUGGGGGAUGGGCCACACAGGCCAUCACAUAAAAAGAAUCAUAAAGAUCCAGUUUGAGUCUCUCUCUCCUCUUGCCCAAAAUUUUAUGCCCAUUGUAAGUGGCUAAGAUCUCUUCCUCCAUCUGACCUCUGCACCCACUGGCUCACCGCUUCAUGCCUCUAUGUCUCUUUUUCUUUAUACCUGUCCUCACCCCAUGCUACACUUUCCAGGCCAGAGGCCAUGGUAUCACCUGCUUCUCCCUCCUUCUGGAAACAUGUGUGGGCCCCUUGGGAGGUAUAAAUUUUCUCUCACUCUGACUGGUUAAUUUUUCUGUGAAAUCCUCAAGGAAACAUUUUUUUAAAACAAAAUUUUUUCUCU